AUGGCGUGCCUUAACACCCUGAAGCAGGAAAUCAAAACGCUAGAGAAGAUCUUCCCGAAGAACCACGAGCGUUUUCAGAUCCUCAAUUCCAGCGUCGACGAACUGCUUUGCCGUUUUAUCGAUAAGAAUGGAAAGCGGUACGAUAUUCACGCCAACAUAACGGAAACCUAUCCCUCAUCGCCGCCAGUUUGGUUCGCCGAGAGCGAGGAGACGAGCGUCACAAAUGCUGUUCAAAUACUUAGCAAUACGAAUGGACGUGAUAAUCACGUGAUCAAUCAGGUGGGCAUACUGCUGCGUGAGCUGUGCCGCCUUCACAACGUUCCACUGCCACCCGACAUCGAUAAUUUGGCUCUGCCGCUGCAAACGCCGCCGCCAUCCGCUUCCCCCCUUCGCUGCGAGCAGAGACCAGGUGGUGGUGGAGCGGGGGGCGGUGGCGGACCCCACGGCAACGAGGAGACCGAUUCGGAUCAGGAGGAGAUCGAGGAUCCCAUCGGAGAGAGCGAACAGGAGAGCGAGGGCGAUGAGGACUUGCCGCUGGAAAUGGAUGAUGUACGCAGUACAAACAAGAAGGACGACAUGGAAGUGGAACACCUAGCGACUCUAGAAAGACUGCGUCAAAGUCAGAGACAAGACUAUCUAAAAGGUUCCGUUUCGGGUUCCGUGCAGGCAACCGAUCGCUUAAUGAAGGAACUACGCGACAUUUAUCGCUCAGACGCCUUCAAGAAGAACAUGUAUUCUAUUGAGCUCGUCAAUGAGUCGAUUUACGAAUGGAACAUUCGCCUCAAGUCUGUCGACCCGGACAGUCCGCUGCACAGUGAUCUGCAAAUGCUCAAGGAGAAGGAGGGCAAGGACAGCAUACUGCUCAACAUCCUGUUCAAGGAGACGUAUCCCUUCGAGCCGCCAUUUGUGCGCGUCGUCCAUCCGAUUAUCUCAGGCGGCUAUGUGCUCAUCGGUGGUGCCAUCUGCAUGGAAUUGCUGACCAAACAGGGCUGGAGCUCGGCAUAUACCGUGGAAGCGGUUAUCAUGCAAAUUGCAGCCACACUCGUCAAGGGAAAGGCGCGCAUCCAGUUCGGGGCUACCAAAGCACUGACUCAGGGCCAAUACAGUUUGGCUCGAGCCCAGCAGAGCUUCAAAUCUCUGGUGCAGAUUCACGAAAAGAAUGGAUGGUUCACCCCGCCCAAGGAAGAUGGCUAAAACAAGAGUGGAGUCCACUGAUGAACAUCCUUCCUAGAAUAACGCAUGCCAGCCCACACCAAUCAACACCACCCCUCACACCGCCACAAUUAGCCUGUCCACAUCCGCCAAGCACACAUCCCGCACUCACUGCCGGCUGGAUCUGAUAUGUCUGAUGUCUGAUCUGGUCAGGACCAAUAUGGACAAAGCGCCCAUUUUUAAGAAGAUGGCCCACACAAUAAUUGCUUGCAGGGUCGAUGUAUGUUUAAGUGCUCCGUUGCAUUCAUAUGUAUAUGCCCACUCGUCUUUUCUGUAGUGUGUAGUGAAGCCGUUUAUCCUGUACAGAGUCUUGGAAACUGGAGCUGCAUAUAUUGGUGUAAAAGUGUCAAAGAAAUGAGCAGCUGAAGAGUGUAAAAUGUCUAUGUCUAUAUCUGUUAUGUAUAUGAGUAUGCUUUUUAUUUAAAUUGUAAAUGUAGUGGCUUUGAACCUUUCAAACAGCAACCACAAUCCCCAUACACUUCUUCACGCACACCCACACAACACACAUCCCUAAAUUGUAAAUUAGUUAAGUCGAAACGUAUUCUUAUUUAAGUUUAACAAAUCCGUGGUAUCUUAUAUUUUUCCCUUUAACUGGUAAGCUAGCCACACAAGGAAAGGCAUGUUGGCAAAAGUUGAUGCGAUGUUGAUCGGAAUAGAUAUAUAUAUCUAUACAUACAUAUAAUUAUACAUAAAUAUAAAGAUAUAUAUUAAUAUUAGUGCGAGAGUUUAGCUUAAGCAGAAUAAUACAGAACGAUGCGUCGAAGAUGAGCAAAUUCUAAGUGUAAAUUCGUCUUUCCAAAUAAUCGUAAAAUAACGUAAAUCUAACUAUAAAAAAGAAUUAAAAAUGAAACCUAAAUCGAGUAGUUGGAGAACGAAAAUCGUAAAUAUUUGCAAGUAAAUUACCCAUUAUAUUAAAAAAAAGUUAGUUUUCGCGGGCAGCUGUUUUGCUGCCCAUUACCAUUGUUUUUUUUUAUUAUGCGUACAACGGCAGACAAAAUUUCAUUGUACAUUUCAAAACUGAAAUUGGCAUGCACGACGAAACGUUCAUUUUAAGUAUGUAUUUAAUAAAGAAAGAUAUAUACAUGCAUAA